CUAUAGGACGCACUCACACACCACCUAUUAUUCAAUUUCCCACUCAUUUCUGCCUUUGGCAUAACAUUUAUGUCACACCAUGGAAGUUGUCAUCAGAAGAGGUUGUCAGCUUUGCUUGAUCUUAUACUUUAUAUAUCAUCUGGCUCUGUCCAUAUCAAAAUUGCGAAGUGGCGAACUUGGAACAUUGAUCACUCACGAACCCUCGAAAACCCACGAAUUCCCUUCAAUUACAGUGUGCCGUCAUCCCAUCUCGAUCGAUAACAACACAAGUGUUCCAACCAUGGCUCAAGCUUACGAGCAAUGGGAAAAGGAUAGUUUGUUAAUCCUGGACCGACUGUCAAUUGGAAAUAUGCUGAAAUGUCACGCAGCAAUUGGAUUAGAAACAAACUAUUUCGAAACCACCGCGGAAGAAAAGGAUCAAAUCGAUUUCAAAGUGGAUCGAACUUUUAUAGUUUAUCGGAAAGGCGACUUGUUACCAUGUGAAACACUAUCCAUUCGUCAAAACGUAACCAUUUCCAAUGUGAUCAUUCUGGGUUACACACCAUUGGAUGAGGGUCUCGGCAGUGUCUUCCAUAUUCACGAAAAGGAUCAAAUCAUCACUGUUGGCGAUGGGUUCCUCGGAGGUGACGCUUUCUAUGGAACCAACUUCAAGGCCAACUUUGAAUCCACCAUUGACAUCAAGGAACAGGUCUUCAACGCCAAACCUCGCGAUGGAGCCUCUUGUGACGAGCAGAAUCGAAUGAAAAUGAGCAAAUGUAUUAAUGAAUACAUCUCACGAAGCAUGACCUGUCAGCUCCCUUGGACUAAGAGGAAGCAAGGUUCUAAACGGCUCUGUGACAAGUCAACUGAUUGGGAUGACUUCCGAUUCGUUAUGGACAGUUUAUCGGAAAAUGUCACUCUUAACGAAGUGGCUGUGCAAACUGGUUGCCUUCCGAAUUGUCGAUACAAAAAGUAUGACAUUGAGGUGGUGGAAAGAAAUGCCCAACGCAUAAUUUGGUCACCCUCCAAUCUGACCCACACCUUUUUGUUUCAAAUGAAGCAAGCUAUGGUGGAAGUUCACGAGGAGAAAUAUUUCUACGAUACCAACAGCUUUGUUGGUGAUGUGGGUGGUUUUCUAGGCCUUCUACUGGGACUGAGUGUCAUGGACUUGGUGGAUUCAACCCUCUCCUUAGUUUACAAAAUGACUUCCAAAGUAAAAACCAGGGCUAAAGCUUGGUUAUAGAAGCAAGGUGUUGUCGUUGCUUGUUUUCAAAGGGCUGGGCUCAACCUUGUCGUCCGUUGGUAGGUUUGUUUUUGGUCGUCUUUAGUCUUCAGUCCACUAAGCAACUCUGAGACAUGAUGGUUGUAAAAUUUGGAUGUCAGACGAUUCUGCUUUUCGUUUUUGUCUAUCAAAUAAUAAAAUCGUUGAAUAAACUGCAACACGGGGAAUUGGGCACUUCUAUCGUCGAGCAAUCCAUUUCCUCCCACCAGUUGCCAACUAUUGCGCUAUGCCGAAUGCCAACCCUCCGUAAAGUACGAAGAAUCCACGAGAUUUCUAUGGAAAAGGCAUAUCAAGAAAUGGGAAUAGAGGAUCGUCGGACCAUCAAUAGACU